AGGUGUUUACGGUGGGCAUUGCUCAAAGGAGGUAUGUAAGCAGACGACACGCCAAAGUCUGGUUUGUGGAAGUUGUCAAACGUCAUGACGUCAAAUUAAACAUCGAUGACUGGGUGCCAAUGGAACAAAGGUACGUCACCGUGAUUAUUUUUUUAAUACUAAGAAUUUCUGAUGACUUCCCCUGUAAACCCAUGGGGAAACCACUCCCAAAGAAACUAAAUUUCAAAUCAUUACCACGCUCGUCUUUCUUUAUCCAAGAUUUCAUAGGCUACAUUUGUAAAUUAUUAUAUUAGUACAUUAGUAUAUUCGUUAUUAAGUACAUUAGUAUAUUAGUAGACUGGAGGAUCCAGAAACAAUGAUGCUCCAUAUAUAUGAAUGUGAAAACAAGGAGACAUAUUAAAUUGCCACUCUAACUGCCCAUUACGCUUUUGUCUCUUCUGAAAUAGGACAUUGGUCACUUGAUAUGACUAUAUCUACUCUAAACUGCAUCUAGAAUUAACAAUGUUUUAACAUACCAUAAUAAAUAUAAUAAUUUAACCUUAAUAGUUUUAGUGAAAUAUAAUGUACUCUUGUAUUCUUUAUCUUAGCAUAUUAUUUAUCCAUAUUUCACCAUACUAUACAAUUGUUUAUCAUACUUCACUAUACUAAACAAUUGUUUAUCAUAUUACACCAAACCAUUAUUUCUUCAUGUUUCACUUCCCUUUUCAUCAUUACUAGUUCAGUAAAACCGUCAUUUACCCAUGUUAAUGUCAAUAAAACCAAUCAUUUACCUAUGACCAUUUCAGUAAAACCAUCAUUUACCUAUGGCUGUUUCAGUAAAACCAAUCAUUUACCUAUGGCUGUUUCAGUAAAACCAUCAUUUAUCCAUGUCGGUUAUGGCGUCACUUCAAUGGUCACCUGAACCCCGAGGGCCUCCAUCUGCUGCUGCAUCGUAUCAUGACGUACCUGCUCCUACACCCGGGCUGUCCAGUGGCCAGACUCUGUUAUGUCUUAAAUCCAGAUGUCCUUCCUGCCACCACGGCCGAGGUCUUGGAUGUGAGUACGGUAUAAAGAGAUCUCCGAUCUUAUAAAAGCGCUCUCCUUUCAUUGACGACAUUUUUCUGCCAAGAAGGUUUGAUCUUCUUCAUAUCCAAUAAUGCUGAUAACAUAUUUAUUUAGACUUUCCCAAUCUCAGAUAUCAUUAUAAAUUAUGUCAAGAAAUAUCAGCCUUGCUAUGUGCUCAUGUGUGGCCAUCCAUACACUACGUAGGCACUGUGGGGAAGGUUUUUUUAUUAAUGUUGUAGAUUUUAGUAUUGAUGUAUAUGUGGGAGGGGGGUCCUCGACAGAAAGCACACAUAUUUAUGCACAUAUCCUGCAAUAAUUAUCCUGAAAUUCGGACAGUUCAUCAAUAAAUUAUAUCUAAUAAAGCCAAAGAUCCAUGAUUUCUAAUUAAUUUCGAAGUUAAUAAAUCUGUCACCGCGUCGUUUCUUUUUACUGUUGUUUCUUUGUUUAGUGUUUGUAGAAGAAACUAGCUCGUUGAUUAGUGACAGAAAUAUUUAGUCAUUCGUUUGCCUUUGUGCGUUUCCGUGCGGGUGUCGUCAUUUCUUCCUCUUGGCAUCCUUGCCGCAGUUAGGUUUUCCCUAGGCGCCGUAUGUGGAAUUCUAACUAGGGCACCAUUGUGUUUAAAGUAAAUGUUUGGGUACAAAUGAAUAACCCACUUAUGUAGGUCACUAAGCACCAUGUGGUAACCAUUCGUAGGAGCGUCCGCAAACAGUAAUUAUUCCUGUGAUUGAUAGAUUCGAUAAUAUGUGGUAUUGGAUUGAAAGUGGAUAUAAAAUUAUUUUAAAAGUGGGUAAUAUUUAGUGACUCCACUGGUAGGAAGGCUCGGCCCCUCGGGACGCACAUUAUGGGAACUAUUGGGCCACGCUAAACAGCGGAGAAAACCCAUGACAUGGGAACUAUUGGGUGCGCAAAAUUUUACAGCCCACAAAUACAAACACGCACUUGCAUGGAAAUUUGCUGCGCGAAUCCUCAAAACUGCUGCGCGGCGUCUGUGGGGAGGGGGUAACUUUGCCUUUUUUUUAUUAUGACACAUGUAAGAUAUUGUUGACUUUUUUGUCCAGAUGCUCGAGCUGAUUGGUUGUGUUCACGUGACCUACAUCCAGAGGUUGCCCAUGUUGAAGAUGUUCACCAAAAGAUCAAGGGGGCAAAGGACUGAAGGUAGGAACACUGCUUCUUGUAGUCUGUUGACAGGAAAACUGUAAGACAAGUCAAGUUCAUUGUAAAGACACAACAACCAAAUGUUCUAUUGUUUUCUGUGGAAUAAUACAAACUGACCAUCAAUGACUGCAUGUUUGAUAGUUUUAAUUUUGAGAGCAUGGAACAUGUCAAUCUCUCAUUUAGAAGUUAUAUUUUUUUUAACAGUAAUAGAGAGCUAAAUGGAGUGAUUGAGAUAGAGUACUAAUGAUCAAGAUAGAAUAGAAUGAUUGUGAUAGGGUGUGGAUGAUUGUGAUAAAGAAAGGAUGCCAGUUCUAUUUAUUUUCAAGUCACUCUUUAGAUAAUAUAUUCACAAAUUGAUGUAGUAAUCAGAAAAGAGUUUCUAUUUAUCAGUUUAAGAUUUUUUUAAUUUUCUUCUGUGGAUAAUUUACCAGGCACAAUAUUAAGAUAUGUAUCUACUGAAACAUGUACAUACCAUUUUAUGUAGUUGAUUCUGUCAAGAAAAAUAGUCAUUAGUUUUUUUCAGUAGUUGCGUGAAGAUGAUGUUAGACACCUAAGUGUUGGGGCAAGACAAAAUUCAAAUUAAAUAUAUUUUAUGAAAGUCUUAUCGAAUUAUAAAUAAUCUCUUGUUACAGGUGACUUUGACCUCAAGCUAGUGGACAGCGUGAGAACCAUUAAUGUUUUAGUGGAAGCUCCAAUUCGAUUGGCUUAUUUUCUUGAUCUGGCCGCUCAACGAGCAGACACAGUAUCACAAGAUGUGACCACUACAGCUGACCCUGAGAUCGGUGAAUCCAUCCAGGUCACUAAUGUGCAGGAACUGACCACUGGCAGAACUGACCCUAAGGAAGAUGACAUCGUGUUGAUAAUUAGGGAUAUCCCAGAAGAAAUUCAACAAGAUAGCACAUCACAGGAAGUGACCUCUGAUGGAACUGAACCUAGCGGGGAAGAAGUCAUGCUGUUCACUAAUACCCAGGUUCUGACCACUGAUAGAGCUGACCCAUGGGAAGUUGAAGCAGUGCUGGUCACCAAGGCAGAAGAUUUACAACAAGCAGUACAGGAAUUAACCCCUGACCCCUGAAUUGACAUAGAGGAGACACAUCAUUGAAGAAGUUGAAUGGAAGAGUAAACUAGCUUUUGUAUGGUCCAACCAUUUUCUCAUUCUAGAUUAUGAAAGGGUCUCCUAUCAUGAAAUUACAUGGAUCAAAGUUGUUACAAAGUAGAAAUACCAAUGUUACAAAGUAGAAAUACAAAAGUUACAAAGUAGAAAUACCAAUGUUACGAAGUAGAAAUACCAAUGUUACAAAGUAGAAAUACCAAUGUUAAAAAGUAGAAAUACCAAUGUUACAAUGUAGAAAUACCAAUGUUACAAAGUAGAAAUACCAAUGUUACAAAGUAGAAAUACCAAUGUUACAAAGUAGAAAUGCCAAUGUUACAAUGUAGAAAUACCAAUGUUACAAUGUAGAAAUACCAAUGUUACAAAGUAGAAAUACCAAUGUUACAAAGUAGAAAUACCAAUGUUACAAUGUAGAAAUACCAAUGUUACAAUGUAGAAAUACCAAUGUUACAAUGCAAUCAUUUUCUCAGCACACAAAAAACUACAAAUGAGAAAACAAAGUUUUGUUGAAUGAUUUUGCAUAUUACAGUUGAUUGAUGCUGUACUGAGUAUGCAUACAACAGUUGAUUGAUGCUGUACUGAGUAGGCAUACAACAGUUGAUUGAUGCUAUACAUAUGCAUUGUAUUUGUCAAGGUCAACCUACAACCAAAUUCAGACAUAACCUUCAAUAACUAAAUCUGGCUACUCAGAGUUUUAGUUAAUAAAGCACAUGAAGAAUAAAUCCAAUAAUAACUAUCUGUAAUGUUGUUGAGCCAAGUACAAGGAUUCAAAGAUUGGUCAGGCAAUGCCAUUCUCAUUUGGUGGUUUCUCUUGGUUGAUUCUAUGUCAGGGUGAUGGCCUGGGUGUGUGCUGAAUAUAUCUUUCUUUGAACUUUAACAGUUGGUAGGAGAUUAUCUUAAGGCAUCAAAUUAUUGUGUGGAGAUGACAAUGACAUUGUUGUAUGGAGAUGACAAUGACAUUAUUGACAUUGCUGUAUGGAGAUGACAAUGACAUUGUUGUAUGGAGAUGACAAUGACAUUGUUGUAUGGAGAUGACAAUGACAUUGAUGUUUUAAUUUUUGUAUAAGAAAUUCUCAGAAAUAAAUGCU